AUGCCGGCGUCGUCGAGGGGCAGUGCGCCGGGUGUAGCUCCUGAGGGCGCGACGAGUUCAGCUUUCGUCGCAGACGGAGCUCGAGUCGUGGAUCCAUCAGUUUGCCUUGACCCGAAUCCCUCCAUUAAGGAAACUACAAGUAACGCAUCGCUGCAAGUGCCAGUACCUUCUGGUCCUCUAGUAGCAUCUUCAACAGAAGUGGGAGGAGAUGGAGCAGCAGCAGCCGCAACGUCUUCCACCGCGACUGGUCCAGCAGCUGGCGGAGCCACAUCUUCUACAUUGAAAGUAGGAGGUGAAGCCGCCGCCACGUCAUCAAAAGCACCGAAAGCGAAGGCAAAGAGUAGCAACAAACGUAAAGCUCCAAAUGCAGCUGGGAAGUUAAGUUGAGUUGUCUGUGAAUUAUUAGGGAAAUAGGAGGAGGUCCUACACCUGCUAGUAGGAGGUCCUACACCUACUAGCGCGCACUGGGAGGAGGUCCUACACCUACUAGCGCGCACUAGGAGGAGGUCCUACACCUACUAGUAGGAGGUCCUACACCUACUAGCGCGCACUAGGAGGAGGUCCUACACCUACUAGUAGGAGGUCCUACACCUACUAGCGCGCACUAGGAGGAGGUCCUACACCUACUAGUACGAGGUCCUACACCUACUAGCGCGCACUAGGAGGAGGUCCUACACCUACUAGUAGGAGGUCCUACACCUACUAGCGCGCACUAGGAGGAGGUCCUACACCUACUAGUACGAGGUCCUACACCUACUAGCGCGCACUAGGAGGAGGUCCUACACCUACUAGUACUAGGUCCUACACCUACUAGCGCGCACUAGGAGGAGGUCCUACACCUACUAGUACUUGUAUGUACUUCUUUUUGUGAUCUCCAUAGUGUCAAAGUAACCUAGACGGAAAAAUCGGAAGUCCCAUCUUCUAAUGAAGAGCAAAGCUGCGCCUGGUGCGAAACCAGCUACAAGUAUUCGGGAAAUGCUGUCGCAGUCGUCUCAGAGGGACCCUAAUGCAGGAAAUUCCGCUUCCAGCAGACUUCCAAAAGUGCGGAAAAUUGCACCCACGACUGAUCAGAUGUAUAGGGACUACCACGCCAAACGAGAUUGGGAGGCCGAUCGGCGCAUGGAAACGGAUUUACAGCAGCAUUUGAAGGAGAAUGUUGAUAAGAGCAAGUAUUUCACUUUUUGUAGAGAGGCUUGACUACAUUCCUCUUCUUUCAGUAUCUCCCUUAUUUUCAAUAGUUACUCGGUUAUUUCAGUUUUUCGAAUAUGAAAGAACUUCAAUUUCAUCUUCCACACACUCACAUUUUCAUGGCCAACAGGAACAGGAGAGUUCAAUUUCUCCAUCUCCCACGCACAAACUUGAUCCAGGGACAACAUUUUCCACAUGGCAUGCCAGUUUUUGGACGUUUACAGCUUGCUGAAUAUGCGGUGUGUCUGCAAGGAUUUCUGCGCUGCUGUGCGCGUCGAUCAGAGGAAAUUAAAGACCGUUUUGCUACGAAAAAUAGCAAGAUUCUUAGACUUUGGGGCAAACCUGUCAAUGCGGGACGUCGAUACGAAAAUGGCAUCUCAAUGUCCAGACUUCUUCUCCAAUCAUUUCGAUAUCGAAGGGACGCCGUAUUCUAUUGUUAAGCCCAUGAGACUGACUAUUUUGGAAAGACGAAGAAGAGUCCAGUGGUGUCCAAGAUGAAGACCUUGUAUUUAUGGAGUAAACAGUAAAUGAACAAAAACAUCAGAAUGAGAAUAUCUAUGUAGUUGACACUUCUACAUCAUUGGCGGGUCGUUUCGGAGACACGACACGGCGCACACCUACAACAAAUUUUGUUGUUGAACAAAUGACCCUACUACACGAACUUUUUUAUCUCAGGUACAUUCGCGGCGUCACUCUCUACACAUCGGAUGAGACGCUGCGUUGUAGCUGGGUUGAUCGGUAUCUUUUCGCGGAUCUCGAAUCGUGGAACCCAGAUCCUGCCAAAGACGCUUUGACCUCUCUGAAAAGGUUGUGGGACUUCCAGACGGGACGCAAGUUGGGCGGUGUAGCAACAAAUAUUCUUACCGUAUUUAGCUUUUGUGUAAACAUCUAAUUCAAUUACUUGUUCUAUCUACGGCAUAGUCUUGUACUUGUUCAACAUCAAUUACCUCCACGACCUCAAAGACUUCGAUAUGACUUGCAUGAUAUUUCAUCAAACCCUCAUCGUGAAGAUACAACUAAAAACAGAAAGAAUCCGUGCCUAACCGAAGUUGGACGGUGAAUUUUGUGAAGGCCAAGAGGUGGCAAGAAUUCAAUUCCUGCACUACCGUAAACUGGAAGACGAAGUUUAUGGCGCUUUUCUACCACCACCAUACGGAAGAGGAACCAAUACGAGCACGCUUAAGGGACUUGAUUUUAUGGCUGGUGAAUUGCUGUGACCACUGUGUUAAACUCUCUUACCACGUUGGAGUUGGUUAAUGAUAUCCCUCGUGUGAAGAUUCCUUUCCACGACUCUUCUACUGAGUAGAAAAGUACUACAGGAACGCUUGGUAGACCUGUAUGAACUAUGGUCACGAAAAGCACUUCUAAUCCUUCUGCGGGAAGUGGGGCACGACAAAGUUACCCUGGGAAUCAUGCUUGACCCAAUGAAGUGAGGAGGCUUCUCGGCUGAUUAUUUUGGCGUAAACAUCGUGCGCCGGCACGACAGCAUACCGAAUGAACAAAAUCAUGAAUGAGAAUGAUGACCAGCAUCUUUUUGACCAUUUUCCGUAUAUCAUUGCGCUCAUAUUCAUCUUCUUGAUCAUAAGCAGGAAAUGCACAAGACGAAGAAAAACAGCUAAAUAUCACGACCUGAAUCCCCGCGAUGAUCGAUCCCUUAUAAUAUUCGAAGGACUUCUACCUACAACUCCAACUCUACUGAUGCGCCCGAUGAC